AUGGCGGAGUCCGGUGGCGGCGGCGGCGCGGGUCAGGAGCGCCGGAGCAGCCUGGCCAGCAAGAACGGGGCCCAGUGCACCUUCUCGGCGCCGGGCCACAGCUCGAGCCUCCUGCAGGGUCUGGCUGCCCUGCGGGCCCAGGGCCGCCUGCUGGAUGUCACCCUCGCUGUGGGUCCCGACACCUUCCGAGCCCACCGCCUGGUGCUGGCGGCCUGUAGCGACUACUUCAGGGCCAUGUUCACGGGCGGCAUGCGGGAGGCGCGGCAGGACGUGAUCGCGCUGCAGGGCGUGUCGGCGCGGGGCCUGCGGCACGUGCUGGACUUCGCCUACAGCGCCGAGGUGACGCUCGGCCUGGACUGCGUGGAGGACGUGCUGGGCGCCGCCGUGUUCCUGCAGACGCCGCCCGUCGUGGCCCUGUGCGAGGACUUCCUGAAGGCGGCGCUGAGCGUGGACACGUGCCUGCACAUCGGCCACAUGGCGGCCACCUUCAGCCUGGCGUCGCUCAAGGAGUCGGUGGACGCCUUCGCCUUCCGCCACUUCCUGCAGGUGGCGGCGCACGACGACUUCCUGCAGCUGCCGCUCGAGCGCCUGGUGUUCUACCUGCGCAGCGACCGGCUGCAGAGCUGCGCCGAGAUCGACCUGUUCCGCGCCGCCGUGCGCUGGCUGCAGCACGACCCGGCGCGCCGGCCGCGCGCCUCCCACGUCCUGUGCCACGUCCGCUUCCCGCUGAUGCGCGCCGCCGAGCUGGUGGACAGCGUGCAGACGCUGGACCUCAUGCUGGAGGACGAGCGCUGCCGCCGGCUGCUGCUCGAGGCCUUCAGCUACCAGGUGCUGCCCUUCCGCCAGCACGCGCUGCAGUCGCCGCGCACGGCCGUGCGCGCCGAGGCGCCGGCGCUCGUGGCCUUCGGCGGCACGCCCUACACGGACAGCGACCGCGCCGUGAGCCGCAAGGUCUUCCAGCUGCCCGCGCCGGGCGCGCGCCACUUCCGCGAGCUCACCGACCUGGAGGUGGGCUGCAGCCACGCGUGCGUCGCCGUGCUCGACAACUUCGUGUACGUGGCGGGCGGCCAGCAGCUGCAGUACCGCAGCGGCGAGGGCGCCGUGGACGCGUGCUACCGCUACGACCCGCAGCUCAACCGCUGGCUGCGCCUGCCGCCCAUGCAGGAGAGCCGCAUCCAGUUCCAGCUCACGGCGCUCGGCGGCCGCGUCUACGCCACGGGCGGCCGCAACCGCGCCGGCAGCCUGGCCUCGGUGGAGUGCUACUGCCCGGGCCGCAACCAGUGGGCCUACGCCUGCUCGCUGCGCCGCCGCACCUGGGGCCACGCGGGCGCCGCGGCCGGGGGCCUGCUCUACGUGUCGGGCGGCUACGGCGUGUCGGUGGACGACAAGAAGGCGCUGCUCUGCUACGACCCCGCGGCCGACCGCUGGGACGCGCGCGCGCCCAUGAGCGAGCCCCGCGUGCUGCACGCCAUGGUGGGCGCCGGCGGCCGCCUCUACGCGCUGGGCGGCCGCAUGGACCACGUGGACCGCUGCUUCGACGUGCUGGCCGCCGAGUACUACGCGCCCGACGCCGACCAGUGGACCAGCGUGAGCCCCAUGCGCGCCGGCCAGUCGGAGGCCGGCUGCUGCCUGCUGGGCGCCAAGAUCUACCUGGUGGGCGGCUACAACUGGCGCCUCAACAACGUCACGGGGCUGGUGCAGGUCUACAACACCGAGACGGACGAGUGGGAGCGCGACCUGCACUUCCCCGAGUCCUACGCCGGCAUCGCCUGCGCGCCCGUGCUGCUGCCGCGCGCGCUGGAGCCCGCCACGCCGCCGCUGCCGCAGGGCUCGGGGCCCGGGCCGGGGCUGGAGCCCGAGCCCGGGCACAGGACCUGGGCCCGCCCACUCCACGGAGGACUCGUGCCCCGUCUAACCCCGAAGCUGGCCACGCCCACUCCACUCCCGCGGGACCCAGGCCCCGCCCAUUCCUCCUUGCAGAAAGCUGAUUAUGCCUGCAGGCCACGCCCACCCACCCCCGCAGGAUCAAGGCCACGCCCACCCACCUCUGUUCGCUCCCUGCGGGAGCCUGACCCCGCCCACCCUUGCAUGCGCCAGGGCGCCACGCCUACUCCACGGAGGCCCCGCCCACCUGCAGGAGCCUGGUCCUCCCCCUCCGCCCUUCCCACUCUGCUCACUCUGGGCAGCACAGGCCGGCCCAAACCCGGCAUCCAUCCAGCCCCAUCCUGUCCGGUCACCUUGGGCCCUGCAGGAGUGACACCCCGGGGCAGUGGCUCUGGGUCUGCCCCACCCCUCAGCCUGGGGUGCGGAGCUUCGGGUGGGCAUGGCAUGCACCCCUCGGACUUCUGUGCCCGGAGAAGACACUGCCAAGCCUCCCGCGGCCGCCUCGGAGCCAGCGAGCCGGCUGGCUGGCAGGGGGUGCACUCCGGGGCUGGGGGGCGCAUGGAAUGUUCCGGGGGCUCCACUCGCCCCCGACACAGCCCCCUGCCCGCCCUCCCGCCCACCUACCACUUCCCCACCCCACCCCAACCCCUGCGAAAGGAAAAUUAUUUCUCGUGUUGUAAACUUGGAACACGAAAAAGCUGGUUUUCAUUUGGCAGCAACUGGCUGGAGUCCGUGUCCUUGGGCGCGAAGGGGGGACCCGGCAUGCAAGCACAGAUGCACGCGCGUGUUCACUCCACGAUCCCGCAGCACCCCCAUUCCCCACUCGCUCGCGGGCGCGCGGAGCCAGAUGUCCGGGCAGGAGCUCCGCGCACCUGGGCCGGGCUGUGGGAAAAGGCCGCUCCCGGGGGGCCCGGUGGGCCUCGGGCCCGGAGGGAGGCGGCCAAGUGUGACUUAUGGGGCCGUUCCGAGGGCCCCGGGGGACCCCUGCGCGGGGAAUCCGCGGGGGCCCCAGGCCAGGUUGGACACACGCCCCUGGCUCGGGCCUGGGAACGCGCUGUGUUUGUUCUCACGGCUUCCUGGGGACACCUGAACCUGCGGGAGAACCUGGCUCCCAAACAGGACCGGGGCAGUUGGGUGGAAGGUUCUGGGCAGCAGCUGGAACCAUACUGA